AUGGGGUUCAACCUGGGCAACGAGGCCAUUGCCGACCAGUCAGGCUCCUUCUCCAACUGGUCCUUCUUUGAGCUGUAUCUCGAGUUUGGCUUUGUGGCUACUUUGUUUGGUGCGGCUGGCCUCCUGAUUCUGCACUAUGGUCUGCGGUACAAGGUGACCCGCAUCAAGUCCUUCCUCGCUAUGGCUCUACUUCGGGAUGAUUGGUGGUUUGACAAGUUUGCCACUCUCUUUGCUGCCAUUGUUGCUCUCGUCUACAUCGGCGUGCCUGUGGCUGGCAUGGUGGCUUGGGGCCUGGCUGCCGCAAUCGAGCUUGAUCCGUCCAUUGUUGGCGUCACCGUCAUCCUCCUCUCUCUUGCUCUUGCUUCCGGCUGGUAUGGGUUUGGUCUCUGGCGCGCUUCGGGCUGGCGACUGACCUACCCGUCUGGCAUUGCUGUCGGCGUCUGCGUCGCCAUGAUCAUGGCCUUUCAGCUUGGCGUCAUCACCGCCACCGAGCCGUUCUCGUACAUUGGCUUUUCUGCUGUCUUCCUCUCGGUCAACGCUGUGCCCAUGGUCAUCAUUCUCUACCUCAACAUGCCCGGGACGUACAUCCACUUUGAGACCUUUGUCGACGCAGUGGUCAAGGGCGCCGCCUCGGAUGAGGCGGCGCCCAAGAAGCGGUGCUUUGGCUGCUGCGGCCCGCGGCUGAGCCAGAACCAGGUCCGCUCGUUUGCCCUCUACUUUGUGGCGCAGGGUAUGCUCUGUGCGUACGCCAUUCUCGUCCUCACUCUCAUCGACGACUCGACGGUCAAGUACGUCGGCUUUGCCAACUGGGGAGCUCUCCUCAUCAUCGACAUCAUUCUGUUCAUGUACUACUACGCCGGCUUUUUCCGCUCCGCGCUCCGCGCCUCGCUCUUCUUCAUUGCCGUCCGCGGCAUCAUCAUCGGCUUUGGCGCGCGGUACUGGUUCAUCGCCCACUCGGUUGUCUUUGUCCUUGUCGCCCUCUUCCUCGGCAUCUCCUGGGUCCUCGAUCACUACCCGGCCCGCAAGUCGUCGGGCUCGGCCGUCGUCGCGCACGAGUCGCUCGCCCGCGUUGUCCUCGACAACCUGCCCGCUCCCGACUUUCUCUCGCUCGACGUCCCGUCCGACAUCAACUCGUCCGACUUUGGCUCGUCCGAUCUCGGCGGCGGCAUGGUCCGCGACGCGAGCGAGAGCUCGUCGGGCGCCGGCUACGACACCGAGUACGAGGACGACGAGUACGACGCUGACGACGAUGAGUACGACGCUGACGAGUACGACGCCGAGUACUCGGAGGAGCAGGAGGAGGCAAAGGCCAAGGCGCCAUCCACCUACUCAUCGGACAACACCUACGAGACGUACGACGCCGAGUAUUCGAGCUCGUCCUACGGGUAUUCGGCCGCUCCUGCAACUGGCUGCUGCCGGUCGAGCCGCUGCCAGGACAUGUCGUGGCGAAACCUCAUCCUCACCCGGCCGUUCCUCAUGUUCAUGAUGUCUGUGGCGUUUGUGGCCGAGGUUGUGUUUGUGGCCAAGAAAGAGGAAGCGACGCGCGACAUGAAGUUCCUCGACAAGCGCCGCGAGCAGUAUCUGUUUGGCAUCGGCUCGAUUGUCAUGUCGCUUGUCCUCCCGCUCGCCUUUCUCACCUACCGGCUCUUCCAGCGAGCCAAGUUUUUCAUGACGCCGUCGGUUGCUGCCGCCGCCUUUGCCACCGAGUUUGUGGUUGUCGGCAACGGUGUGUUCUUCUACUACACCACCGAUUCGAUUGUUGUCCUCGGCUUCCACAUCUUCACCCCGCUCAUCAUCAUCUUUGCCGCGCUCACCAUGGUCCAGUGGAUCCGCAACGACUACUUUUUCCUCUCGUCGUCUGACGACCGCGAGGCCGCCGGCGACGACGCGCUGUGGUUCUGGCUCCUCCCGCGCGACUGGCUCAUGAUCUUUGGCACUCUCGCCACGCUCCUCAUGAUUCUGGGCCUCUCACUGGUGGUUGCCCUCGGGCUUGACGCCCAGAUCACCGGGUGGACCAUUGGCCUUGUCAUCUUUGUCCCGCUCUGCACCUUUAUCUCGAUCAAGGAGUGGUUCAACACCUUUACCUUUUCGUGGACCAACGGCGUCUCGGUUGUGCUUCAGAUUGCGGCGCUCCUCGGCUAUGCGCUCGGCGUCUUUACCACCACCCUCGACUCCAAGGUCGACGAGCGGUCGCUUGCGCUCCUCUUCCUCGUGCUUGUCUACCCGACGCUUGUGCUCCUUGUGGUGGGUGUGUGGAAGUGGCAUGACGACAAGUGGCAGUUCCGCCUGCGGAGCCAGUCGGGCGCCUUUAUUGCCAUCUCGCUCAUCAGCUCGUUCCUGCUCAUGGUCGGCUUUGGCGUGGUCGUCAUGCUGGUGUACAAGCCGUUUUGGGCUGGCCUUGGCGUCCUUGUCGUCGUGGGCAUCUUCUACGCCCUCGUCUGGGUCGGCAUCUCGUUUGUCCGCAACUCGUACUACCUCACCCGGCCGUACCGGUUGGCUGUGAGCGUGGUUCUCUGCGGCGCGGUUGCGCUGGGCCUCGGCGUUGCCUUCACCGAGGCGGGCUUCCUCGGCUUUUGCAUCUCCUGGGGCUCCAUUUUUGUCAUGCUCGUACUUGUUGCGGUCCAGGACUGGUUCAACGCCCGCAACACCCCGCGCCAGUUCUCCAAGUUUAUUUUCCCGGUCUACAAGCUCGACGUCGAGACAGGCCGGCUGACCUCGGCGUCCAAAGGCGUGUACUGCGCGUACGGUGCGCUGGUUGUUGCUGCCCUCUGGGGCGUUGCGGCCGCUCUCUUCUUCCCGCCGCCUUGGGUCGGCCUUCUCGUCACCGCCGCCGCCGUCACCUUUUUCAUUCUCCUCACCGUUCAUCUGCUGUGGGAUCCGCCGGCCACGUUUGGUGCCCAGCUCCGAUUCAUCUCGGCCGACACGCUGGAGGCUGCCCGCUCCAAGGCCAAGGGCCUCGAGUUGGUCGACACUGUUGGCGAAGCUGACCGCGGAAGUGCUUCCAGCAGCUCUGGUGGCGGCGACGACGAGUACGACGAGUACAAUGACGACGACGACGACGACGACGAGAAUGACGGCGAGGAGUACGGCUCGUACGAUGAGGAGCAAGAGGCGCGCUACGGCACCUCGUCCGAGACGUACGACGAGUCAAGCCCGUCGAGCGGCUACCGAUACGACGCCGAGUCAGCGACGGUGACGAUGGACGCGGCAGGGCGCUUCCUGCGCGCUGACGGCAGCGCGGCGAGCUGGCGCGAGAUUGUGGCCGAGCGGCGCGAGUUUGAGGCCAACGAGCUCGGCUCGCGCGACUCGUACCUUGAGUUGCUCCGGUACGACGCGGCGAUCAAGGCAGCGUUCAAGUCUGAGCUGCGGUUUGUGGCGCACAUGCAGCAGCUGACGCUGGUGCUUGCGCAGGCAGAGCGGACCAAGGAGGAGGCUAUCAUCUCGGCCAUGAUCAAGGAGACCGACGAGUACAACGACCCCGAGUACCCGCUCACCGCCAGCGCGAUCGAGCGGUGGGGUGACGACGAGUGGGCCGAGUUCCAGGAGCGGCUGACGGCGUACCUGGCCAAGCUUGAGAUGCGGCGGCGGCGCGAUGACGACCGGCGCAAGGAGGACUCGGAGGCGCAGAAGAAGCGCGACGAGGCGCGGCGCAAGAUGCAGCGCGAGCUCGAGAAGAAGCGGCGGAAGGGCAAGGACGACGACGAGUACUCGGAGCUCGGCGCUGACGUUGGCCUCUCGUUUGACCCGCGGACAGCGCCGGUCAUCGGCUCGUCGCCGGCCAAGCUGAUCAAGAAGGCCAGGCGAGCGGGCGAGCCGUGGUCAGACGAUGACUUCCCAGCCGACGACUCGGUGCUGUUCAAGUCCAAGACCAAGUGCGCCGGGUGGAUGCGGCCUGAGGAGAUCUACGAGGCGCGCAACGGCGACGAGCCGGGCGACGGCGAGAUCGAGGUCUUCCAGGCCGACGGCAUCAAGCCAUCGGACAUCCGGCAGGGCUCACUCGGCGACUGCUGGCUUCUCUCGGCUUUUGCCAUUGUUGCGCAGUACCCGGAGCGGGUGCAGGAGAUUUUCGAGACGGACGAGCCGAACGAGGAGGGCGUGUAUGGGGUCAAGCUGUGGGCUGGCGGCAAGUGGACGCGGGUCAUUCCGCUGUACGCGCACACCGGCGACGGCGAUGCGGCGGAGCUUUGGGUCAUGAUUCUCGAGAAGGCGUUUGCCAAGAUGUACGGCUCGUACAAGGCGCUCAACGGCGGACUCGUUCACAUGGGCCUCGUCGACAUGACGGGCGGCCAGUCGGAAAUGGUCGAGUUCCGCAAGGAGGAGAACGAGGCCGACGUGCGGUCCGGCAAGGUGUGGAAGAAGAUGCUCAAGUACCGCAAGGCCAAGUACCUCAUGGGCUGCGGCUCCAAUGCAGGCAAGGAUACGCAGACGUCCAAGAACAACAUUGUCCAGGGCCACGCCUUUGCCAUCCUCGAUGUGGUCGAGGUCGACGGCCACCGGCUCAUCAAGCUCCGCAACCCGUGGGGCAAGGUCGAGUGGACCGGCGACUGGAGCGACAAGUCGCCGCUGUGGACCCGCCGGCUCAAGGCCAAGCUCGGGUGGGUCGAUGCCGACGACGGCGAGUUCUGGAUCUGCUACGACGACUUUGUCCGCGAGUUCCGCAACCUCUACGUUUGCCGCCUCUUCCCCGACUCGUGGCAUGCCACCGGCAUCGCCUCGCAGUGGGACGCAGAGACCGCUGGUGGGUGCGUCAACUACGACACGUGCAAGGACAAUCCGCAGUUCCUCCUCAAGGUCUCGGUCCCCACCGAGGCCUUUGUUACCCUCGCCAAGGACAUGCUCAACAACGAGGUCGAGCACAUUGCGUUCUCCAUCUACCACACCAAGGACGCAUCGUCCAAGAUCGACCCGCAGUACGCCCGCUCGGGCGACCGUGUCGCCACCUCGGGCAAGCUCUCGUCCCUGCGCGAGGUCUCGUGCGAGACCAAGCUCGCUCCGGGCAAGUACAUCAUCGUGCCCACCACUUACAAGCCCGGCCAGCUCGGCCGGUUCGUCAUCGCCAUCCACUCGAACAAGGCGCUUAAGCUGACCGAGAUUGAGGCGUAG